UGUCACCAUCUUCUAAUUUCUAAAACAUUGCAAUUUCAUUUGUUAUUAUUAGUUUAAUAAUUUUACCGUGUUAUUAAAUAUGAGUUUGUAAUAAAAAAACAAUGGGUAAACACAAAAUGAUAGCUAAAAGUUGUCCGAAAUGCGAAUUGCAGAUGUAUUCUUCUCAGGUCGCUGUUGCCAGUAAGUCAUGUAAAUGCGGGCACACGUUCUUUGCUGCAAGAAGAGCGGCAGACUGCUUACCGGCCGUUGAGGAUAUAAGGAGAAGGACGGGUAGAGUGCGGCGGUCACAGCCGCAGUUCUACGAUGCACAGCAUUAUCAGAAACAGAUUAAGAGGAGGUCACCCAAAAAGAGAUCGCUCUCCCGAUCUAUGGACGAAGAUACAAAACCGAAAGACAAAAACGAAAGCGCGCGCGCUCGCCGUCGCCGUGCCCUCCGCAGGGCUCAGCGACCCCCACCAGGGAACAACAGCGGGGAUCGUACUAGAGACCCCACACCGCAAUUAAGACCCCCACAAAUAGCUAGAUGUCGUCUUAUCCUAGAAGAAAUCAAUAGAAAAAUAUCAGCUGUUACUUGGCAGCCCCCAGCUGACGCAUAGUUUUAAUAAGGCCUUAAUUCGGGCCUUUAUAAGAUCCCUGGUUUUUUAAGGCCUAGCGCGUUUUGAAGUAAUGUUAUUGCCUGUGUGGAAAAGAGAUGCUCCCAUAUCCCGUGUAGUGCGCUCUCUCGUUCCCACAUUAGUUAAAAUUUUACUUUAAAAUGUAGUAUUAGGCUCUCAGAAACCGGUAGAUUAAUAGUCUAAAUGUCUUACAAAUAAUCUCAAUACAGUUUUUUCAAAGCAUUUAUUUGAAGUGACAUCUUUUAAUAUUUUAUAAACAAUUGAUAUUAAACAAAAAGACCUAUUAUGUAAUUUAAAACCAAUGAAACAGGUUUUGGGCCUUGUUAAAAACAGCCAGAUUCCGACAUAAAAAAUCAUUCAUAAAAAGAUGUAUUUAAUAGCAAAUAUGAUCUUCGCAGCGCUUUCGGAGUAUAUAAUAAAGAUCGGAUAAUAAAGUUCUACUGAUUAUGUAAAUAAUAGUUACAAUUAUGUAUGUUAAGUAAUGUGAUUUCCUAUAGUAAAAGUAUUAAUUAAAA